AUUAUUCUACAAAAUUACCACAAUUACUCUACAAAAUUACCACAAUUAUUCUACAAAAUUACCACAAUUAUUCUACAAAAUUACCACAUUUAUUCUACAAAAUUACCACAAUUACUCUACAAAAUUACCACAAUAAUUCUGCAAAAUUACCACAAUUAUUCUACAAAAUUACCACAAUUAUUCUACAAAAUUACCACAAUUAUUCUACAAAAUUACCACAAUUAUUCUACAAAAUUACCACAAUUAUUCUACAAAAUUACCACAAUUAUUCUACAAAAUUACCACAAUUAUUCUACAAAAUUACCACAAUUGUUCUACAAAAUUACCACAAUUAUUCUACAAAAUUACCACAAUUAUUCUACAAAAUUACCCGCCAUUUAA